CACGAAUCUCGUAGCAACACACCCAACACACACACACUACUCUCCACACAUCCACACGACACGAAACGACACGCCAAAGACGUGGCGCACACGAGGCCACACCACACGAGCACGGCACACACGAGCAUCACAUUGUGUCCACCUUUCGGUUGCUGCCCCUCGCCAUCACACCUCCUAGCCGAGCCGCGACGCGCCGCAGCACCAGCACCAAGCAGCAAGCCUGCCCCCCUCCACCGUCCUAUGAACUGAGAGGCACUUGACCAGGCGGCGCACAAGGCAGCCCGAGCCCGACCAGCCCGACGACAGCGCGAGCGACGUCCUUUUCGCCUUCGGCGCGACGAAAAAGAGCCAGCUAGCGAGCGCACCGACGCCCGACGACGACGCCGCCGCCGCGCACCACCACCACCAACAACCCACCACCCACCAACCGCAUCACCUCUGUCCGUCCAUCGCCGCCGCCGCUCACCACCCCCAUGGCUCCAACGGGACCGCGCGCACGCCCAGGCCCCCCGCCGGGCGGCGCUCGCCCCCAGCCCCAGCCCAACGUGCGCAACGAGGUCUUUGAGAACAUCUUUGGCCGCCCAGCCGGCGGCCACCACCUCGGACCUGGCGUGCCGCCCGGCGCACACCCCGUCCCCGUCCGCCCGCAGUACGGAGGGUACGGACAACCACAACAACAACAGGGAGGAUACCCCCAGUACCAGCAGCAGCCGCGAGCUUACCCCGCCCAAGGAGGAGGAGGAGGGGGAGGGGGAUCGCUGAUCCCUGGCCCGCCGCCGGGGCAGCAGGGAGGAUACGGCGGACAGCAGCAGCAGCAGCAGCAGCAAUACGCCGGCGCGAAUGGAUACGCGCCGCGCCCCAGGGGCCCGAGCUAUGGUAGUACUGAGCCGCCGCCCAACCCGCGACGAGCGAGCUUUACGCCGUCGAUUCCGCCACCAAACACUUACCCUGCCAACGGGGGGUCGAGCAGCACAACAGCACAAGCAGCGCCGACAACAUCUUACAACGGAUAUGUAACGCCCGCGGCGAGGGUAGACCGUCUGCCGCACAUCUCGUCGAUCCAGCCCGGUGCGAUCGUGGCGGGCGGCCCAGCCCUCGCCCAGCAUCCUUUGCCCAGGUCGUCGUCCGCCACCGGACCACCUCCGGCAACUAUGAGCAUGCCCCAGCCCAUGCCUCAGCCAUCAUUGCCUACCAGAUCAGUGUCCAACGCCUCUACGCUGACAACGGCAACAAUGAGCAUGCGGUCCGUGUCGGGCAGCUCGACCGCAACACACGCCUCAUCUGCAACCACUGUCUCCGUGCCUCCCCCGCGCUCGGGAUCCCUGCACGCCAAGAACGGCCCCAUUCGCGUCACCAUCCCCUCACCCACCAUCACCACCUCGCCCAACAAGGCCUUCUCGGCCCUCCCCAGAACGUCAGAGGAGCAGUCAACACUGGACCCGGGCAACCCGAGGGAGAGGGCCAGAUCACAUGGCGCAGCGUCCCCACCGCCAGACUACUUGCGCGCGACCCACCCUCCCAACGCAGCCUCGGCGCACUCGACGCCAGGAGGGUUAUUAGACGACAUUCCGGGCUUCCCGACCAGGUCGGAUUCGGAUCUCGGCCUCGGCCACCUCAGCGGCCCUUGGGAACCCACUCCAGCGGCGCGACCAGAUCAAGUAAGGCAGCGGCCCCCGGAAGUGCGGCAUACGUCCACGGCGAGCUCGUCAUCACAACACCGCUCAAUGCACUCGCGCAUGCCCUCCGACUCGUCCAUCGCGUCCAGCGUCUACACUGUGGGGCAGAACCAGCGGAUAGCUCCGCUGUCCCAGAUGGGUCCCGUCCCCGACUCUCCAUUCGGCUCUCCCUCGACACCGACUGGAUCCGAGAACGGCUACGGCAUGUUCCAGAGAAUAGCACGCAAGUCGAUGGAGUCGACACACUCGCUCCCCUUACCAAACGCCAGCGUGCGCCAGGCCGCCAUUCUCCAGACCAUGCCCGUCAUCAUCCCAGCGCUCCUGUCCAGUGUCGCCGGCGCCUUCCGCCAGCUGGUCGACGUUAGUGAGAUUGUCAAGGAGGGCAUUACCUACAAGGACGCCUUUGAUGGCCGCACGGCAGUCACCAUCAUCUCGGACAUUAUCAAGACGCCGGAUCGCAACCUCGCACUUCUUCUCGGUCGUGCCCUGGACGCGCAAAAGUUCUUCCAUGAUGUCACCUACGCGCACAGGCUGCGUGACACGCCAAACGAGAUCUACCAGUUCAAGGAGCGUCUCGUUGCGCCGUUUGUCAACGACUCGGCGAUUAUGGACUCGCCUGGAUCAGAGCACAUUGGUCUGACCAGACCUCCAUCGUCUUCGAGUGGGACUGCACCCACAGCCCGGAAACAGAUUGGCUACGAUGCCCUGCUCGACUCGCCCGUCCUCCAGACGACCAAGGCUACCCCAGUACCUGGUGGUACGCCGCUGGAAUCCGACGACUCGGAGGACGACCUGCCCAACGGUGUCUUCACGCUCCUAACCGAGUGUUACUCGCCGACAUGUUCCCGCGAGCAGCUCUGUUACUCGAUCAACUGUCCUCGCCGCCUGGAGCAGAUGAAACGGCUCAACGUCAAGUCGGCCCACCCAGGAUUAUCGCGCAAGCUGAGCGAGGAGUCGUUGCACGACGAGCCAAAGGAGACGGGUACACUAUGGAUCCACUCGGUGUCCCAGGACAUCCUCGACAGCGUAGACGACACGGAGAAGAAGCGACAAGAGGCCAUCAACGAAGUCAUUUACACGGAACGAGACUUUGUUCGCGACCUCGAGUAUCUUCGCGACUCUUGGGUCAAGCCCCUUCGCACCCAGGACAUCGUCUCAUCGGACCGCAGGGACGAGUUUGUGCGGCAGGUCUUCUGGAACGUGCACGACGUGCUCCAGGUCAACCACGUCCUGGCAGAACGCCUCACAAAACGCCAGAAGCAGCAGCCUGUUGUGCAGUCGCUCGGUGACAUCUUCCUGGACUGCGUCCCCCACUUUGAGCCGUUUGUCGUCUACGGAGCGCAUCAACUGUGGGGAAAGUACGAGUUUGAGAAGGAGAAGAACACGAACCCUGCCUUCCAAAAGUUUGUUGACGAGACGGAACGGAAACCAGAGUCUCGCAAGCUCGAACUCAACGGCUACCUCACCAAGCCGACGACUCGACUGGGUCGAUACCCGCUCUUGCUGGAGGCGGUCCUCAAGUACACGCCAGAGGACCACUCCGACAAGCGCGAUCUUCCCGAGGUGAUCAAGAUGAUCAAGGCGUUCCUGUCCAAGGUCAACGUCGAGAGUGGAAAGUCGGAGAAUGCGUUCGAGCUCGCCCAGAUCGACAAGCAGAUCAUGUUCCGCCAAGGCGACAACAUUGAUCUCCGAUUGAGAGAUCGCAGCCGCGAGCUUGUCCACAAGGGACCCGUCAAGAGACGAGGAGGAAACCAGGGCGGCGAGAAUGCCGAUUUGAUCGCCUUCCUCUUUGACCACGCCUUCCUGUUGGUCAAAUCCAAGUGGGUCAACAAGGCCGAGCAAUACAAGGUCUACCGACGACCCAUUCCUCUCGAAUUACUCGUCCUUCGAUACCCAGAGGACCACUACAACUCGGCAAAGCUCUCCGCCGGCACGAACAACAAGCUAAUCCGUGCUGGCGGACCUGCUGGCAAGGCAGGCGGUAAGAGCCAGCUGGCGCACAUCCCACCUAAGCCCGAGAGCAAGCACGGCUUCUUCCUCAACGUCAUCCACCUCGGCCGCAAGGGAUACGAGUUGCAGCUUUGGAUCGACACGUAUGCCGGCAGGAGGAAGUGGAUUGAGAGCAUUGAAAAGCAGCAGCAAGUCAUUCGCGACCACUCGACAAUCUUUGUUAGCGAGACGAUCACCGAAGGCUUCUUCCAGGGCCUGAGACGGAUCAACUGCCUCAGCCCUUACGACAACGGCAACCGCAUGAUCUACGGCACCGACGAGGGCGUCUACUUCUCAAACUUGCGCGACCCGAAACUACGCGAGCCCGUCAAGGUUAUCAACCUGGUUGAUGUGGCCCAGGUCGAUGUGAUCGAGGAGUACCAGCUGCUCAUUGUUCUGAGUGAGCGCCAGGUCACCACCUUCCCCCUCGACUGCCUUGACCCCAACGACCCCAACGCGGCGCUCAAGCGUGGCAAGCGUGUGUCGUCGCACACGAGCUUCUUCAAGUCGGGUGUCUGUCUCGGACGCACAUUGGUUGCUGUCGUCAAGAGCUCGCCGCUCUCGUCGACCAUCAAGGUGCUCGAGCCCGUUGACCAGAGCAUGCGGGGCAAGAAGCCGCAGGGAAGCUUCAUGAAGAGCUUGAAGGGCGCCCAGGACACGCUCAAGGUGUUCAAGGAGUUCUACAUUCCCUUUGAGAGCUUCUCGGUCUACUUCCUCAAGACCAAGCUCUGCGUUGGUUGCCAGAAAGGCUUUGAGAUUGUCGACCUCGAGACGCUCGACCUGCAGUCGCUCCUCGACCCGUCCGACCAGUCGCUCGACUUUGUCCUCAAACGCGAAGGCGUGCGCCCGAUGGCCAUCUACCGAAUCGAGUCCGACUUCUUAUUGUGCUACGACGACUUCGCAUUCUACGUCAACAAGAACGGAUGGCGAGCGCGUCCCAAAUGGGCCAUUGUGUGGGAAGGGGCGCCGACGGCGUUUGCGCUGCUCUACCCCUACGUCAUUGCGUUCGAGCCGACGUUUGUCGAAGUGCGCCACGUCGAGACUGGCCACUUAGUUCAGAUCAUCCCCGGCAGCCACAUUACAUGCCUGUUUGCCGACAUGCCUCCGUCGACGGUCAACGCCCCUGUCCCGCAGCAGCGCCAGAUCAUGUACCCCCAGCAGCCGGGCAACGGACAGAUGUACCGGCCACCACCGGGGCAGUUUGGCAUGCCCCAAGGCUACGGCUACCCUCCGCAGGGUUACAACGGUGCGAAUGGUGGACGGCCUCCCAUGCCCUACGGCGCACCACCGCCGAUGCAGCCGAUCCGCAACUUCCAGUUCCGACCACAGAUCAUCUUUGUUUCGGACGACGGCCACGUCCAGUUCCUCAAGCUUCCGCCGCCGAAUGGCAACAACCGGCGUUCCUGCGUCAACGCCCUCUCGUGGUCGGACGACGGGGCCGUCCUCCUCUCCGGCUCGGACGACAAGCGGAUAUGCAUGUGGACGGCGGACACGCGCUCCGGCAUCGCGGGCAGCGCCGACUCGCCGCAUCCCUUGCGGCUGCGCGAGAGCAUCAUCACGGGCCACCAAGCCAACAUCUUCUGGAGCAGCUUCCUCCCGUCUGCUGGGCCGCCGCGCAUCGUCUCGUGUGCGGGAGACAGCGACAUCCGCGUGUUCGACGUCGAGAAGCUGUCGUGGGCGCCGACUUUGCGCGGCAAGGGCGCGCUCGACGGGCGCAGCGGCGCGGGCGUCACCAUCCUCAGAUGCCACAGCGACCGCACGAAACGCAUCGCGACCGAGGCGAGCCCGUUCCAGUUCCUCUCCGUGUCCGAGGACGGCACGGUGCGGCAGCACGACCUGCGCAGGCCGCACGCGUGCCCGGGCGAAUGUCCGACGCCGCUCUUCCGCGCGCCGGACGGCGUGGACCUGUACAGCCUCUCGCUGUCCCCCGCCGCGCCGCACGUGUUCGCGGUCGCGGGGCAAACGGACGCAGCGUACGUUCUUGACCGGCGCAUGCUCGCGCGCCAGACCCCCAGCUGGGGCGAGCACACGAAGCGCGCCGGCCAGGUGCACUGCGUUCGGAGGCUUGGACUGCCCGACGACGAGUGGGAGGGCGUGUCGCCCAGUCGUUCGGGGUACGAUGGCGAGCGGCACAUCACGUGUGUCAAGUUGAAUCCGGACAACCCAGCGGAGGCAAUCUGCGCGUUCGCGAAACACUCGACCGCGCUGUUCAACCUCAACGACUCGCCGGUCGAGACGUCGGCCGCGGCGACAAGCGAGCAUGGGGUCGUCUCGCCGAAUCCUAGUCGGGGACGCGCGCAGACUGACACGGUCGGGGUGCUGGAGGCACAGCAGGAGAUUGUGGAGGAUGUGUUGGAAGAUGCCGAGGCGGCGGUAGCCGCGGAGGCGGGGAGGACAGACACGCAAGCAGUGCCAGAGACCACAGACACCAACGCUGGCACAAGACAGCCGCACAAGAGGCGGCACUCGGAAGUAUCGACUGUCACGGGCGACCUCUCACCCGUGACUCGGUUACGUACCGAGGAACACCUGGGAGGAGCGGACGAGAUUGAUCUGGACGAUAUCCGCGAGCUCGAGGAGGACGUGCUGGCAGUCGUGUCAGAAGCAGAGGGCGAGACGGUCUUCCUCUUCGACGAUGACGAUGAAGAUGCCGAGGAAACCGGCGGUGACGACGACUCCGACUCUGGAGAGGAAAUCGACCUGUCGCACUUCGGCUACAACCUCACCGGCGACGGCGAAGAUGAAGACGAGGAUGAGGAGGACGACGAUGAUGACGACGAGGAUGAUUCCGACGACGACAGCAACUUUGGCUUCAGACGCGGUGCGCGCAGCGCCACGGGCCAGUUUGGCAGCGUGCCUCUCCUGCACCCACGGCGGAUGUUCAAGGGUGCGCGCAACGUCGAGACGGUCAAGGACUGCACUUUCCUUGGCGACAGCUCGGACAAGAUUGCCUCUGGGUCCGACGACGGCAACUUCUUCGUGUGGGACAAGGUCACUGGCCGCCUCGAGGGCAUCUGGGAGGGCGACAACGAGGUCGUGAAUGUCAUGUCGCAGCACCCCACGCUGCCCGUCAUCGCGGUGAGCGGCAUCGACAGCACGGUCAAGGUCUUUGCGCCAACAGCUUCCCGCCUCGCCACAUCGCAUAUCCGCACCGCCGACGUCGACCGCAUCAUCCAGCGUAACAAGUAUCGACCACGUCCAGCCCGUCAGUUCAACCCCUUCUCGGACAGGACGACGAUUCUGCAGUACCUCACCAACUAUGUGGCUAAUAAUGGUCUAGGUCCGCUCGAGCCCGUCGUCGGAGACGUGCCUGUUGGCCGCAGGACGGCCUUGCAGUUCGUCAGUGACGGGCAGACUAUCAGCUUCGUCCAUCGUGACAUUGGUGUCGAGGACGACGAAGAUGAAGACGACGACGAUGAGGAGCCGAUGGAGGACGAAGAUGAGUAA